CUUGACCACUACACUUCGGAUUUCGUCUUUCGAGAAAGCUCGUGUCAAGUUGUGAGAGGGUAAAAAAGUAAUCUUGAAGAUGACAUCGCGUGCGCCGAAACGUUAAUUACAUGAAGUCAGUGGAAACUUAAAAUUUAAAAUCAAGAAAAAAAGUGGAGCAAAAUAAUUUCCUCCACAAUGGCCAUCCUGAACGUGGACGACGUGAAGAUUUCGCUGCAAAAGUUCGGCCUGUACGAUUAUGUGGUGUUUGUGCUGAUGCUAAUUAGCUGUGCCAUGAUUGGAGUGUACUUUGGGUUCAUUAAGAAAAAGGCGAAAAAGGGUGGAGCCGAGGCGGAUUAUCUCGUCGGGGGGCGCCAGAUGCGAGUGAUUCCGGUGUCGCUGUCGCUAAUAGCCAGCUUCAUCUCUGGCAUCUCACUGCUGGGAACUCCAACGGAGAUCUACGUGUACGGUGUCCAGUACAUGUACAUCGUUGGCGGCGUCAUCUCGAUGGGCUUCAUCAUGAUGUACAUCUACCUGCCGGUAUUCCACAACCUCCAGCUCACUUCAACCUAUCAAUACCUUCAAACCCGCUUCGACAAACGGAUACGACUGUUUGGAUCGGUACUGUUCACAUUUGCCACGAUGGCGUGGUUGCCGAUCGUGAUCUACGUUCCGGCCUUGGCCUUCAACCAGGUGACGGGGGUCAACGUGCAUCUAAUUACGCCGUUGGUAUGCGUAAUUUGCAUCUUUUACACCUGUGUGGGUGGGUUGAAGGCCGUCGUUUGGACCGACGUCAUCCAGACAGUGCUGAUGUUCGGCGCUAUGCUGCUGAUCAUCGUUAAGGGGACGUACGAUGUGGGUGGGUUUUCGGUGGUCAUGGAUCGGGCGGUGUCCAGUGGAAGGAUUGAGGGACCUGAUAUGAGGUUCGAUAUGACCACCAGGCAUAGCAUCUACUCGUGCGUGAUUGGUGGGGUUGUGUACUGGUUGAAGACGAACGCCGUGAGUCAGAAUAUGAUCCAGAGAUACCUGUCUCUACCGACUCUUCAGGAUGCUAAACGGGCUCUAUGGACGUUUAUCGCUGGAACACUGAUUUUGCUGGCCCUGUGCUGCUACAGCGGACUGCUGAUCUACGCUAAGUACCACGACUGUGACCCGUUGACGACGAAGUUGGCCAAAGCCAAGGAUCAGCUUCUUCCACUGCUGGUGAUGGAUACCCUUGGGGAUUAUCCGGGACUUCCGGGGCUGUUCGUAGCUGGUGUGUUCUCCGCGGCUUUGAGUUCACUGUCAACAGGGCUGAACUCAAUGUCCGCCGUUGUGCUGGAGGAUUUUUUCAAGCCGUUCUCCAACAGGCCACUCAGCGAGAGAGCUACUGCGAUCAUCAUGCGGGCAGUAGUUGGAAUAUUUGGUGCGCUUUGCGUCGUUCUGGUACUGGUCGUCGAAAAGCUGGGCGCAGUUCUGCAACUCUCCAUGAGUUUGGGAAGCGUUAGCAAUGGUCCACUUUUGGGAAUCUUCACUAUCGGAGUUCUGAUUCCGUGGAUUGAGGGAACGGGUGCCAUCAUUGGAGGGACCAUCGGCUUAGUCAUCAUGUCAUGGGUUUGCUUCAAAGCGCAAAUAGCCAUCGCAAGCGGUGAGUUGGCGUUCAAUCCCAAACCUGUUGAUACUCAAGGUUGCAGCUAUCAUUUCAUUGCAUCGGAACCGAUGAGCAUGCUAGCGAUCAACGCAACGGUGCCACCCGUAGUUGAACCACCGAGUGAUCCCGGCUUCGCCCUGUACCACGUGUCCUACCUGUGGUACACUCUUAUGGGAGCGCUCAUCACGAUCGUCAUCGCCGGCAUCAUCUCCUUCCUGCUUGGCCCGAACAACCCGGACGAGAUGAACCCGAAGCUGUUUGCGCCGUUCGUCGAGCGGAUCCUGGACCGGCGACGGCGCCGCAAGGUGGCCCACAGCCAGCCCCGGAUAGAGCUGGCCGAUUCGGCGUUCCACUAACCAAGGGGGAAUCCGGAUCAAGUUCCAGACCAACUUUUAAAUUGAAUGACGAUGGCGCGGAAAAGUGGAAAGAAAAACUUUGAAAUUAAAAAGACUUGUUCU